GUGUGCUUCCACCAUGCUCAUGGAGUCACAAGCCGCCAUGUACUACCCGAGCAGCCAAUACUACUACUACAAUGCGACGGCGCCACCGCCGCACAAGUCACCGUACGAGCUCAAAUGCAAGUACGCGUUCAAAAAUUGCACCAACGUACGCAGUCAGAAGCGCACGGGCGGCCUCCACACGCUCUGCGAAUUCCACCGCCAAAAAGCCAACGAAAUUCAAAAGGCGUACGCACAAAAGAAGCGACUCAACCCGAAACCGCCGUCGCCGUCGCAGACGACGGGCGUCGAGCCCAUCCCGUUCAGCGAGCGCACCAACGACGAUGCAACGCUCGCGUUUGAAGACUGCUUGGACCUGAUACGCCUCCUCCGAUAGCCGUUUAGAGUGGAGUGGCUACCUUAUAUAAUUCUACAACAAUUCCUUGUCCGUG